AUGAAAACGAAAUUAAUGAAACUGAGAGGAAUUUAACAUUUGUCAUUCUUCUCUUCCUCGUGGGUUUGUCUUUGGAUCUCAGCAAAAACACAGCGUUACAGACUCUGCCAAUCAAGCUAAUCCCGAUUUGCCUCUCUUCUUUGGUUCGUGGGUGUCUAAGCAUUCAACUCUUCUGUUAGAAUCAGUCCCCAAAAAAGAAGAAUGUUCUUAAGCAGUGAAGUGUACCCAGGAGUAAGUGACUGAUGGCUGCAGCAGAAGCAAGGGCUGCUUGGCAGCGCAUGGCUAACCGCUGUUUUGUCCAAGAAGAUGCCAAGAGAGCCCCAAAGUUAGCUUGCUGUCCAUCAUCUUCUUCAUCUUCCAAACCAGAGUCUGAUAUGGGACCUGGUGAUUAUCCAAAUGAGCAAGAUCAUCCCUUAGCAGGUUUUAUGCCUCUUAACUGGAACCCCUCAUAUUCUAAUCUACCACCUGACACAAAAUGGUGGCUUCAGUUGCAACCCAAUUUUGCAUACCAGAAGGAUUUCACAUAUGAGCAGUUAAAUGCUUUGGAGGCUGAAUCGGAAGUGUUUAGAGCUGGGGAGGUAAAUAAGACCUCCAAACUUGAUGAGAGUCACCCACUCAGUGAAGAUGACUUUGUCCACAUUAAUAGCAACAAUUCUGGAUCUUAUUUGGACCCAAUGGGUCAGGUGCCUGCCACCUGUAUGAUGCAUGAUACAGAAUCCAAAAUGCACCAGCCAAAGACUGUGAACAUUAACAAAACACACGACCAAGUUGAGCAUAAAGACAUGGAGUACAAGCAUGGAUCUGAGGGGUUAGAUAGCUGGGAUCCGAGCUUAUUCUCAAGGCCAUCCAAGAAGCUUUGCCCUGACUUGGGGUCCCCUUGGAUGGGAGCUGAGAAGACUGAGCCAUGGUGGCGCACUGUGGAUAAAGACGAUUUAGCUUCUUUGGUUGCACUAAAAUCACUGGAGCAUAUUGAAAAUUGCGAUCUUCCUCGGCCCCAGAUGAUGCAUGUUAGCCGAGGCCCAUUUACUUGUUUUGAAAGUUUUGACCAUGGAAGCAUUUUCUCAUCAUCUUUAGAUCAUAAGGAUAACAUUGGUCUCUCCAACCCAAUUGAUUAUUCACAAGGUAGUCGCACUUCAGGAAGUGUCGGUGGAAAUCAAGUUGAAUAUUGUGAAUCAGGCCAUUCAAUCUAUUGUUCAGAAAGACUCCACAGCUCCAAUGGCCACACUGAAACCAAUGAAGAACCGACAGAACCUUGCCACCUCUCUAAUAGUGAUUCAAGUAAGGCUCAACUGUUGGAAGCACUUUGCCAUUCCCAAACCCGGGCAAGGGAAGCUGAGAAGGCAGCCCAACGGGCAUACAUCGAGAAGGAACACAUAAUCAAGCUCUUCUUCAGACAAGCCUCACACCUAUUCGCAUAUAAGCAGUGGUUCCAACUAUUGCAACUGGAGGCCUUUUGCCUUCAGCUUAAGAACAAGGACCAACCAAUUUCCACUCUCUUUCCAGUGGUCCUACCAUGGAUGCCAUACAAAGGUAGGCAACUGAAGAAACGUCGACAUAAGGCUGUGGAGCGGAAACGAGGUGCACCGAAAUGCCACAUCAGUAAGUAUGCUGUUGCUUUUGCAGUGGGCAUAGGUCUUGCUAGUGCUGGUUUGCUCCUUGGCUGGACCAUGGGAUGGUUACUACCUACAUUGUAGAAGAAAAUGAAUAUGCAGAGCCAGGUAAAACAGGUAAUGGAUCCUGCAGAUGGAAAUUUCCGAUCAGCAUUAAGAUUGAUUGGGGAAUGUGGAAGUGGGUAGUGUUUCUUAUCUUUUAUUUAUAUGUACUGUUUAGAUUCCUUUGUGUAAAAAUAGUUCCCGCAUAUGUAAUCCGGUGUACAUGUGAUGAGAUGUACAUUUGUAUAUAUGGUGAACAUAUUUAGGAGGAAGAUCUCAUCUAUCUUCUUUAAAUUGUCUCAGUUUGGUUUA